AUGGCGCAGCUGCCUGCUUCUAAGGAUCUGCUCUCUGCAGACUUAGCUGUCGUCCAUGACCUUCGCCAGAGAGCUCGAGGACGUGUUCUUUCCAGCUAUUAUCAGCUUGAACAGAGCAUGCAACGUGGUGAAAAAGUCGCUAUUGCUGUCUCCUCUUCCUUCGACCACCUUAACGGAUUGAGCCAAGUUUCUGCGUUGCCACAAGACUUAUUUUCACAGCUUAUCUCUGCCCGCAAACUUCUCUUGACAAUCGACAUGGUUUCCGGGGGAGAAGGCACCAUUGCUCGCCUCGAGGCACUUUUGCAGCUACCAACUCCCGACAGAGCCUUGAAGCUUGCUGCAGACUCCAUUCAGACUGCACGAACGGCAACGGAGCUCAAGAUAGAUUCUGACAGAAUGUUGGCCAUUCUUGAGCGGUGGGAACUAAAUCAGUCAGGAUGCAUUGUGCCACUUACACUUUCGCUGGAUGACUGGUGUGCCCGACUGUGUGCUGACAUACCCCCCGUAGCGCCUAGUCCGCUUUUAGCUGAAACAACUAAGCUACUCUCUCUACACAUACAAGCCCUUGCACAACAAGUUGACAAAGCAUUCUAUGCAUUUCAUACUGCUUACACCAACAUACAGUCUCUUUCUAUAAUUAGGUGCGUUGAUAGUAACGUGCUUCUUCUGGAUAUCUAUGAUCAUUCUAUUCAGUACAUUCUCAAUAAAACUGCAUCUACUCUUACGUCGUCUAUUAACGCAAUCUUAGAUGGUAUUAAUAGUAUUACAACAGAGCGGGAAUCGAGCGCCGAUUACCUUCAGCUGAUCGCCAAUCUCGUUACACGCUUCAUCAAUAUAAUAGAACAUCAUGAUUCCCACGCACAGCAACUGACAGGGAUGUCUGCAGGGUCUGCUAUAACCAAGUACAUAACCCUGCAUAACCAGAUAUGUUCGUUAUACAAAACCGUAGAAAUAGACCUUACGUCCUCCACUUUAGCCACUCUGCUACUCGACAGAGAAUUCGAACAGUUUGAGAAUUCCGUCGAGUAUGCCUUUCAACGAAUUCAGCGCCUCGAGCGUGUCCACAAAGAGGCUAUCCACUCCUUGGAGAGUAGCAUUGUUCAACAGACACUGUCGAGGCUUGCAGCACAGGGUUCGUCAGAUCCUGAGCUUCUAACAUUAUACCUACUCACGACCUUUGUGUCCCAGUAUGGACACAAUCACCAACUGGAAGAGCAAGCUACAAGAACCUAUCAAGCAGCCCUGAGUACCUUCGCUAGUAACUUUAUUAGUGCAGUCCACUCGGAACUAUUGGUCAUUGCUCAAACCCAAGAUCCAACUCUUUUCAUUGAAUCACUCUGUACUAUGCUUGAGCAGCAAGAUUACAGUCUUAGCUACACAUCAGAACUGGCGUCUGCCGUUAUUAAGCAGAGCACAGUGAUGCUAGCUAACAUCUUAAUACAAAGCCCCAUCUCACUGAACCAACUCCAGUGUUUAAAACAAGCCUUCAAGGAGAUUGCAGUCGCUUUACGUCGUGUCCUUAAGCUUCCAGCCACACAGAUUUGUGCACCUCUUCUUUCUCUUCAGAAUAUCCUGGGAGCCACAAAUCCUGAAGAAGCAGCCAUGGUGGCCAAAGGUACAUGCCUUGAGACCAUCUCUUCUAAACUAGUGCAAGCUGGCCUCUCUGCUACUCCCAGUAAGUAG